AUGGGCGGACUGGAGCUCUGACGUCAUAACACGAUUUCAGCACCCGAACAAUAGCCCAUAAUAACACGCGACAUUGUUCUGUGUAAUUGCGUGCCAUUCUUUUUGGAUGCUGAAAAUCGGUAGUUUGGUUAAUAAAAACGUCAUUUUAUGCGACACAUCGGAGCUCCAGUCGGCCCACAAGAGUAGCAAAUCGUGGAGUGAGUUUAGUCGGCUAGUGCUGGCCAGGAGAGGGGUACCUGCUAAAAAGCUCUCCAGCGGGAGUGGAGCAGACGGCUCGGUUUAUUUUAAAAGUAGUGCCUCAUUAUAAUACGGCAGGUUGAAAGUCCACCUAAGUAUUUUUUAAAUUCUAAUCUGCAUUAUCAUAUUCUAUUCUAGUAAAGAAUAUGCAAUUUUUCCCAGGUAGACUUCAGAUAAACAAGUUGGAAAGUGUUUAUGCCUGCUGAAGUGAAGGUUCUUCCUACAACAUACACACAAGGAAAGAAAAACCAGAUUGAAGAAGGUGGAAGAACUCAGGGCCUUAACUAUGAUCUCACGAAAGCCAGAACCUUCACAGUAACUGAAGUUACGGUAAACUGCAGUUGGAUUAGUGGCUCUGCCUGGAACAUGGAUGCUUUUGAGGGUCUCCACAGUGUCCAGCUGUCCUCCUCUCCGCCUGCCUCUGCCUGCAACCCUGGGUAUGAAGUACUAGUCUCAGCUGGGUCUGGUGUCCAGGUGUACUCCAACGCUACGUUCUAUGGAAAACCCAGUGUUCUGGGGCAUACACAGCGGAGAGGGAGAGAUAAAUAUCCCUCCUACCGAGAGGAGACUAAAGAGGAGAGGUGUGAGGUUGGAAGGUUGGUAGACCUGGAGCCCGGUCCGAGCCCCCGGGUGGACGGUGGUGGGCCGGCUGACCCAGGUUUCACCAGGCCCCAGGAGGGAGCUGUUGCCCAGGCCCGGAGCCGGGAGGGCAGCAGGCUGGAGGGUGCUACCCAGCUGGAGGUUGCCCUGGGCGGGGAGCAUGAGGACAACGUGUCCCGCCUCCGGAGCUCUUCCCUGGAGAUCAGAGAGAAGGGAUCAGAGAUCCUACGGGAACAACUGGAUGCUGCACAGAAGGAGCUGAAGCUGAAGGAUAAGGAGUGUGAGCGUCUGUCGCAGGUCAGAGAUCAGCUGGAGCAGGAGCUGGAAGAGCUCACUGCCAGUCUAUUUGAGGAAGCUCACAAGAUGGUGCGGGAAGCCAACGUGAAACAAGCUGCAGCAGAGAAGCAGCUGAAGGAGGCUCAGGGCAAGAUUGAUGUCCUUCAGGCGGAGGUGUCAGCCCUGAAGACCAUGGUCCUAACCUCCACCCCGUCUUCCCCCAAUCGCCAGGCCCACCCUCAGCUCCUCUCCCCGGGCACUAGGUCCAAGGGGGCCAGCCCCCGCCAUGGAGGAGGACACACGCGCAACAAGAGCGCCAGCUGGGCCUUGCCAUUGGCCCCUGGUGGGAACUUAGACUCGCACUCCCUGCAGCCAGUCAGAGAGGACAAAGAGAUGGACAACGUGCUGUAUGCAGAGUUCCUGACCUGGAAAGACAAACCUAGUCUGGACAGAACAUCAGCUUUCCUGGGCCGUAUAUACAGAGAGGACAUCGGCCCCUGUCUCUCCUUCACCAAAUCUGAGUUGUCUCAGUCGGUGCAGAAUGCAGUGGAGAACAACUCGCUGACCAUCGAACCGGUGGCCGUGUCUGCUUUACCCAUGGUCAAAGCCAACGCCAUAGAGUGUGGCGGGCCCAAUGGCCUGAGAGCAGCAGUAGAGACGAAGUGUGCGUUGAGCGGCAUGUCCCGGUCCUGUAAGCACCGCAUCAAACUUGGAGACAGAGAGAGUUACUACCACAUCUCUCCCUCCAGCAGGGCACGGAUUACAGCGGUGUGUAAUUUCUUCACCUAUAUCCGCUACAUUCAGCAGGGCCUGGUCAGACAUGAUGCGGAGCAGAUGUUCUGGGAAGUGACACGUCUACGGCGGGAGAUGACUGUGGCCAAGCUGGGCUUCUACCUCACAGACACAGACCAGGGAUAGAAGACAGACAAGAGGAGACGUCACCUUUAGCCCUGGGUCAUGUUCAUUAGGGCACACCGUAGCAAAAAAAAAAGCGCUGUGCUCGACGGACCAUUUUUUUUUUUUUGCAAGCGCUUCGUAUUGGACAAGUUCAAGAUAUUACCACCCGUUUAGGGACGCUUUCUUCUGUUUUCAUGCCUACUGAACACGACCCUGGGCUUAGAAAGACAAGAGAUACCAAUCACCUGUACAGAGACACAAGAUCACCAGUACCCUUUUUACACUGUCCUGAUAAUCCAACCCAAAAACAAACUGGACUGGUUUGGCUCAGUAGUGUGAAAAGUCCUCAGCUGGACACGGUGAACACAGAAACCAGAUCACUGAUCUUAUUGAGUAGGAGAGCGAUUUUCAAGUGUGUCUGACGAGGGAAGCAGAAAUGCUACAGCAAAUAUGACACCACUUAGCAAUUAGAUUAGAUUAGUGUCGUAACAAAUCAGCCCGAUCUGGCGAGCUACACGAUAGCGGAAAAAAACAUUUGUAGCAAAACAGAAUGUAAGCUUGUGAGAUCAGUAUAGUUCGUACGAUGCUAGCAGUUAGAGCUAUGUACUUUAUAAACUAGCACAAUAUUAUAACACAACCACAAAGACAUGCAAUGAAUAGCAUCUUUUAAAAGGACAGUAGCGUGUAUCAAUAUACCAUAGAAACUCUUGUUAUUACUAUGUAAAAUUGACAAGUGGUUACACAGCUGAUCUUAGUCGGCACAGAUUGAAACUAUAUACGCAUGUGUCAUGCUGCCACGGAAACACUCAUAUGGGUUGAAUCCUAACUGGUCAGGUCCAUCACACAGAUGUUUUUAAGUUGGAGUUCUGACCAAUAGAGAACUAUGCUGCUUACUUUUCAUUCUAACAGCUGUCAUGUGGUACCUGUGUACUAGUCCUGCAUGUUGUCUCAUCUCCUCUCACCUUAACAACCAGACUACGGACGUGUUGUCGUCUCCUCUCACCUUAACAACCAGACUACGUACGUGCUGUCGUCUCCUCUCACCUUAACAACCAGACUACGUACGUGUUGUCGUCUCCUCUCACCCUAACAACCAGACUACGGACGUGCUGUCGUCUCCUCUCACCCUAACAACCAGACUACGGACGUGCUGUCGUCUCCUCUCACCUUAACAACCAGACUACGUACGUGCUGUCGUCUCCUCUCACCUUAACAACCAGACUACGUACGUGUUGUCGUCUCCUCUCACCUUAACAACCAGACUACGUACGUGUUGUCGUCUCCUCUCACCCUAACAACCAGACUACGGACGUGCUGUCGUCUCCUCUCACCUUAACAACCAGACUACGUACGUAUUGUCGUCUCCUCUCACCUUAACAACCAGACUACGGACGUGCUGUCGUCUCCUCUCACCUUAACAACCAGACUACGGACGUGCUGUCGUCUCCUCUCACCUUAACAACCAGACUACGUACGUGCUGUCGUCUCCUCUCACCUUAACAACCAGACUACGUACGUGCUGUCGUCUCCUCUCACCUUAACAACCAGACUACGUACGUGUUGUCGUCCCGUCUCACCUUAACAACCAGACUACGUACGUGUUGUCGUCCCCUCUCACCUUAACAACCAGACUACGUACGUGUUGUCGUCCCCUCUCACCCUAACAACCAGACUACGGACGUGCUGUCGUCUCCUCUCGCCUUAACAACCAGACUACGUACGUGCUGUCGUCUCCUCUCACCUUAACAACCAGACUACGUACGUAUUGUCGUCUCCUCUCACCUUAACAACCAGACUACGGACGUGCUGUCGUCUCCUCUCACCUUAACAACCAGACUACGUACGUGUUGUCGUCCCCUCUCACCUUAACAACCAGACUACGUACGUGUUGUCGUCCCCUCUCACCUUAACAACCAGACCACCCAUUACGUUGCCUUAACCUUGAUAGAUUCUUGCACUACGUUGUAAAUGCCUUGCAUGGCUUAUAUAGGAACCUCAACUGAGAAUGGGUUAUGGAAGGGAAGUAUUCACUCAGUGUGGAUAAAAAAAAAUAAUACAAAAUAGCUGAGUCUUUUUUUAGUACAAACCAGUUCAGAAGUAGUGUGUGUUGCAGGUACACAAAGUAAAUGCAUAGUGAGUUAUCUGAAAUAUCCUCAUCUUCACUCUGGAUACUGUGACCGCUUAGCAACAACUAUCCUAGAAAUUAAGAAUACAGUUUUAACAUAACGGAGUUAUAAACCAAUCAUAGACGACUAAGCAAUACGUUUUUCUUCUUCCUCCUUCCUGAUACCACCAAUUUUUAUUCACAGCUUUAAAAUAACUGUAGUUUUGGGAGAGAAAACAGUUGUAAAUGAUUGCAGUAUGUUGUAAAAUGUUAUGUUAUUGAAAUUGCACUCCAGGUUGUGUAUGAUAAAUGAUGUUUAAAGCCAAUACGUGACCAUGAAUUGUGUCGCUUUGCAUGGAUACAUAGCCAAUAGUGUGUACAGGGGGUGUUAUUACUCUAUAACUCUAAAACAGUGUUGAUAUUAGCCAUAUCCUGCAUGAAAAUAUAUUUAUCAAACCUUUUAAAUGAAGAAUAUCGGAAGUCUGAAAGUGCAAUUAAAGCUUUGUUCUUACAGCCGC